UGGGCAGCCGCGUCACGGGCGGCACUCAUUCACAUAAAACGCUGCGCGGCCAGCGGAAUCCCCGGCUUCUGUGGCGGCGAGCGGCCGGGCUGGGUAUCGAGCGCGCGGGGCGAGAACGCGGAGUUGCGCCGCCGCUCGGGCGCCGGGCUCCGUCGCGGCCGCAGCCCCGCGGGUCGCCCUCCCGUGCCUCGCCCGCAGGCAUCCUGGCCGUGGGCACCCGCGGGGCGCGCGGCGCGGGGCCGCUGGCCGGCGGCGGCGGCGGCAGCGGCAUGAAGGUCACGUCGCUCGACGGGCGCCAGCUGCGCAAGAUGCUCCGCAAGGAGGCGGCGGCGCGCUGCGUGGUGCUCGACUGCCGGCCCUACCUGGCUUUCGCCGCCUCGAACGUGCGCGGCUCGCUCAACGUCAACCUCAACUCGGUGGUGCUGCGGCGGGCCCGGGGCGGCGCGGUGUCGGCGCGCUACGUGCUGCCCGACGAGGCAGCGCGCGCGCGGCUCCUGCAGGAGGGCGGCGGCGGCGUGGCGGCUGUGGUGGUGCUGGACCAGGGCAGCCGCCACUGGCAGAAGCUGCGGGAGGAGAGCGCCGCCCGUGUCGUGCUCACCUCGCUGCUCGCCUGUCUGCCGGCCGGCCCGCGGGUCUACUUCCUCAAAGGGGGAUAUGAGACCUUCUACUCGGAAUAUCCCGAGUGUUGUGUGGAUGUAAAACCCAUUUCACAAGAGAAGAUUGAGAAUGAGAGAGCCCUCAUCAGCCAGUGUGGAAAACCAGUGGUAAACGUCAGCUACAGGCCAGCUUAUGACCAGGGUGGCCCAGUUGAAAUCCUUCCCUUCCUCUACCUUGGAAGUGCCUACCAUGCGUCCAAGUGCGAGUUCCUCGCCAACCUGCACAUCACAGCCCUGCUGAAUGUCUCCCGACGGACCUCUGAGGCCUGCACAACCCACCUACACUACAAAUGGAUCCCUGUGGAAGACAGCCACACGGCUGACAUUAGCUCCCACUUUCAAGAAGCAAUAGACUUCAUUGACUGUGUCAGGGAAAAGGGAGGCAAGGUCCUGGUCCACUGUGAGGCUGGGAUCUCCCGUUCACCCACCAUCUGCAUGGCUUACCUCAUGAAGACCAAGCAGUUCCGCCUGAAGGAGGCCUUCGAUUACAUCAAGCAGAGGAGGAGUAUGGUCUCACCCAACUUUGGCUUCAUGGGCCAGCUCCUGCAGUAUGAAUCUGAGAUCCUGCCCUCCACGCCCAACCCCCAGCCUCCCUCCUGCCAAGGGGAGGCAGCAGGCUCUUCACUGAUAGGCCAUUUGCAGACACUGAGCCCUGACAUGCAGGGUGCCUACUGCACAUUCCCUGCCUCGGUGCUGGCACCGGUGCCUACCCACUCAACAGUCUCAGAGCUCAGCAGAAGCCCUGUGGCAACGGCCACAUCCUGCUAAAACUGGGAUGGAGGAAUCGGCCCGGCCCCAAGAGCAACUGUGAUUUUUGGUUUUAAGACUCAUGGACAUUUCAUACCUGUGCAAUACUGAAGACCUCACUCUGUCAUGCUGCUCCAGUGAGAUAGUGAGUGGUCACCAGGCUUGCAAAUGAACUUCAGACGGACCUCGGGAUAGGUUCUCGGGACUGAAGGAAGGCCAAGCCAUUACGGGAGCACAGCAUGUGCUGACUACUGUACUUCCAGACCCCUGCCCUCUUGGGACUGCCCAGUCCUUGCACCUCAAAGUUCGCCUUUUCAUUUCAAGCAUAAGGCAAUAAAUACCUGCAGCAAUGUGGGAGAAAGGAGUUGCUGGACCAGGAGAAAAGGCAGUUAUAAAGCCAAUUGAUUUUGAAGGAAGCACAAUUUCCACCUUAUUUUUUGAACUUUGGCAGUUUCAGUGUCUGUCUCUAUUGCUUCAGGGCAUAAGCUGAUCACCGUCUGUUGGGAAAGUAACCCCACAGGGUUUGUGGGGACAUGAUCAGCAUCCUGAUUUGAACCCUGAAAUGUUUUGUAGAUACCCUCUUGGGUCCCAUGAGGCAGUUGGUUGAGUAGCAAGAUGUUGGCUUUUCUGGAUUUUUUUUUUUUUUUUUUUUUUUUUUUUUUUUUGCCGUGGGUUCUUCACUGACCUUGGACUUUGGCAUGAUUCUUAUUCAUACUUGAACUUGUCUCAUUCCACCUCUUCUCAGAGCAACUCUUCAUUUGUGAAAAGAGUUUUUCAGAUCAUAGACCAAAAAAAGUCAUACCUGCGAGGUGGUGGCAGUAAAUUCCAGGAGGAAAAGGGUACUUGCUGGGUAUCCUGGGUCAGUGGUGUUGAAAACUGGUUUCCUCAGCUUCCUGUCCUUCUGUGUGCUUAUGUCUCUUGUGACAGUUGUUUUCCUCCCUGCCCCUGGAGUUGUCUUCAAGCUGUGGACUUCUGGGAUUUGCAGAUUUUGCAAAGUGGUACUACUUUUUUUUCUUUCUGUCUGUUGGUUAUUUCUCCAGGGGAAAAGGCAAUAAUUUUCUAAGACCCAUGUGAAUGUGAAGAAAAACAGUAUGUUACUGGUUGUUGUUGUUGUUGUUGUUGUUUUUUAUAGUGUAAAAUAAAAAUAGGAAAAGGAAAAAAGCA